AUGUUUCCACCAUCUCUUCUUGUUCCUCUCUUGCUGCUUUUCCUCUUUUUCCUCCUCAAGAAAUGUUCUCACCGAAGGCCUCUUCUACUCCCUCCUGGUCCUCCAAAACUUCCCUUUAUCGGUAACAUGAACCACCUUCUCCAUCCCGCACCACAUCAUGUCCUCCACAACUUAGCCACCAUAUAUGGUCCCAUCAUGCACCUCAAGCUUGGCUUUGUCUCCACCAUUGUUGUCUCCUCCGCUGAAGCAGCUAAACAGAUCAUGAAGACUCACGACACCAUCUUCUCUAAUCGCCCCAAACUCGUCGCUCCCAAAAUCUUAGGCUAUAACUACACCGAUAUCGCCUUUGCUCCUUACGGCUCUUACUGGAGACAGCUUAAAAAAACCUGCAUUCUUGAGCUCUCCACAACAAAAAGAAUGGGCUCAACACGGUUUAUACGCGAAGAAGAGGUGACUCGGCUUGCUCAAUCCAUCAGUGUAAGUUCAGAACCAAUAAACUUGGCUGAAAGACUUUUUGCUUUGAAUCACAAUAUCAUCACUAGGAUUACUUUUGGUGAUAAGUUCGAUGAUGAACUGAGGUUCCGGUUGGCAAUCAGGGAAGGGACGGUUUUGGCUGCCGGAUUUCAGAUCGGAGAUUUCUUUCCUUCUCUUGGUUUCAUUGCUAAACUGACGGGAAUGAAUGCAAGGAUGGAAGAGUGUCUGGUGGAGCUUAGUAGCAUCAUGGACAAGAACAUUCAACAGCAUAUGCAUAUGGAGCAUAAAAUCGAGAAGCCACAAGAUGAGCAUCUUGUAGACGUUCUCCUCCGGCUUAAGGAUAACGGAGGUCUGGAUGAACCCUUGACAACCGACAACAUAAAGUCUGUUCUCCUGGAUGUGUUCACGGGAGCCAGUGAGAAUUCGUCCAACAUCGUCGAAUGGGCGAUGACAGAGAUGAUAAGAAAUCCAAGCAUGAUGGAAAAGGCACAGGCAGAGGUUAGGAAGGUUAUCGGUGAAAAAGCGAAACCAACUAUACAAGAGACAGAUCUUCCAAAGCUACAUUACAUGAAAAUGGUGAUCAAGGAGACUCUGAGGUUUCACCCUCCGGUUCCUCUCUUGCUCCCACGGGAGUCCAUGGAUAGAUGCACCAUCAACGGCUAUGAAAUCCCUUCAAAGACUCGAGUAUUUAUCAACUACUGGGCCAUCACGAGGGAUCCUGCUAGCUGGAAGGAUCCCAACGUGUUUGACCCAGAAAGGUUUCAGGACGAAACCAAAGAUUACAGAGGUCAUGAUUUCGAGUACAUUCCUUUUGGCGCAGGGCGUAGGGUUUGUCCAGGAAUCUCAUUGGGGAUGGCAAAUACGGAGCUUUCUCUAGCUUCGUUGCUUUACCAUUUCGAUUGGGAGCUACCAGAAGGGGAGAAAGUGGAAGAUUUAGACAUGAAGGAGACGUUUGGGAUGACAUGUUACAAGAGUUGUAGUCUCCGAUUAGUUCCUCGUCUACGCUUUCCAGUAGAGUUUUCCAUGACAUGA